GUGUAAGAGGGAGUGGAAAGGGUGGGGGCACAAUGAGAGAACGAGAGAAAGGAAGACAAAGAGGCAGAGAGAGAGAGAGAGAGAGAGAAAUAGCGAGAAAAUAAUAUAACAAAAGAAACAAAGAGGAUACGUGGCCUGGUGUAAACUCCUGUUCCUUGACUCUAUAGACGUUCCACACAGGCAGGACUGCACUGUCAGCUGUUUCGCUCUGAUCAGAGACAGAGGUGCUGAUGGGAGAGGAGUGUGUGGUUCCUCGGCCCCGGGGCUGGGCUCCGGCCGUGUGUGCGGUGGUGUUGGGCCUCUUGUCGUUGGUGUUGGUCAGCCUGCUGGACUCCAGCCUCAUCAGAGAAGCUUCUGGACUCAUCGCGUUCUCUCUGAUCCUGGGCCGUAUACUGCACUGCCUGUGUCUGCUUAUAGAGGAAUGGGUGUUCCAUUCACAACAGAGGUAUGGUGGGAAUGUUAAGCAGAUGCUCCGGGCCUGUUUCAGCACUGCAACUCUAGCUGGGCUGUGUGUGGUAUUUUUGUUGCUGGUGGUGGGAGGCGACACAUACACACCUAAACAGUGGACUUUGGUGGUCCUAACCAGUGCUUUAUACCUGCUGCUCAAGACCCUCGGAGUGCUGGGUCCUGCGCCGGUCGAGAUUUCGGAGGUUUGUGAGAGCAGGAAGAUGAACGUAGCUCAUGGUCUGGCGUGGUCUUUCUAUGUGGGCUACCUGAAGCUUGUGCUGCCAGAGCUGGAGGAGCAGGUGAGGAAGCACUACAGCAAGACUGGAGAGGUGCUGAGCUCCGUCCGCCUCCACAUCCUGCUGCCCCUGAGCGCAGCAGCUGCGACCAGGCUGGAGGAGGUGGACCGCAAUGUGCUCUUCCACAACAACCUGCCCGAGCUUCAACUGGACCGGGCUGGAGUCAGAGGGAGGGUCUACAAACACAGCAUCUACAAAAUCACAGACCAGAACAAAGAGGUUUAUUACUGUGUGGCUGAGUACGCCACUCCGCUGCUGACUCUGUAUCAGAUGUCCCAGGACAGCUCUGCAGGGUUUAGUGCGUCGCACAGGAGGCAGCAGGUCCUGCUCUUCUACACCACCCUCAGCCACAUUCUGGAGACUUCUCUGGAGUGCCGCAACCGCUACCGCCUCAUCCUCCUCGAUGACGAGCAGGCUGCUGAGCCUCAUUACCUGUCCCGAGAGCUCAUCAAGACCCUGCAGCAGCAGGAACAGGAGAUCCCCAUGGAUCUGAACCGUGAGCUGCCCCGCCCUGUGAGAGAGGAGGGGACGCGCAGAGCUCCUGUGUGGGACCAGCACAAUGGCUUUCAGGAGGAGCCGUCCAGCUCCCUGCCCAGCCUCAUGAUCAGUGGCCCCAGCCCACUGCGGUCAGCGCCUGUGGAGAACACAGACUACACCCAGAACCAUCACAACGCAUACAGAUAGAGCAGCACUCAG